AUGUCUCCCAGCGUGGCCGAGCUGCUGCUGCGGCGGCUGGAGCGCGAGCCCGAGGCCGGGCCCGGCGGCGGCCUCUGCAGCCUCGAGGCGGCCGCCGCGCUCGGCCUCGAGCACCAGGCGCUGGUCGGGGCCGUUAAGAGCCUGCAGGCGCUGGGCGAGGUGAUCGAGGCGGAGCCGCGCGUGGCCACGCGCUGGCAGCUGAGUGCUGAGGGCGAGGAGGCGGCGCGCGCCGGCAGCCCCGAGGUCCGGCUGUUCCGCGCGCUGCCGCCCGACGGGAUGCCCCAGGCGCAGCUCAUGGAGCUGCCUGGCGCCCGUGUCGGCUUCAGCAGGGCCAUGGCCAACAAGUGGCUGCGGUUGGACAAGGAGGCGCCCGGUGGCCCCCGCGUCUUCCCCGCCGUGCCGGCGGUGCAGGAUGCGGUGCAGGACAGCCUGAGGCGGGUGCAGCAGGGCGACGCAGCCGGGCUGCCUGAGCGUGACCGCACCGAACUCAAGCGCCGCAAGCUGCUGCUUGAAGUCACCCUCAAGUCCUACUGGCUGCGCAAGGGCAGCGCGUUCAGCACGGCUGUGACGCGCCAGGACACGGAGCUGACGCCCGACAUGAUCGCCACCGGCUCGUGGCGCCAGCGCCCCUUCAAGCCCUACAACUUCGCGGCGCAGGGGCUGCCGCCCGAGUGCGGCCACCUGCACCCGCUGCUCAAGGUGCGGACACAGCUGCGGCAGAUCUUCCUGGAGAUGGGCUUCUCGGAGAUGCCCACGCACUCGUUCGUGGAAAGCGCCUUCUGGAACUUCGACGCCCUCUUCCAGCCRCAGCAGCACCCGGCGCGUGACCAGCACGACACCUUCUUCCUGCAGGACCCGGCAGAGGCGCUGGAGCUGCCGCCUGGCUACAUGGGCAGGGUCAAGAAGGUCCAUUCGCAGGGAGGCUACGGCUCACAAGGGUACCGCAGCGAGUGGCGCGUGGCAGACGCGCGCCGCACCCUGCUCCGCACUCACACCACGGCCUGCAGCGCCCGCCUGCUGCAGCGCCUGGCGCAACAGGCAUCCUUCACACCUGGCAGGUGGUUCUCCAUCGAGCGUGUGUUCCGCAACGAGGCGGUCGACGCCACGCACCUGGCCGAGUUCCACCAGGUGGAGGGCGUCGUGGCCGAGCGCGGCCUGGCCCUGGGCCACCUCCUGGGUGUCCUCAGGGAGUUCUUCAGCAAGAUGGGUAUCACGCAGCUGCGCUUCAAGCCGGCCUAUAACCCCUACACGGAGCCCAGCAUGGAGGUGUUCAGCUACCACCCAGGGCUGAAGCGCUGGGUGGAGGUUGGGAACUCGGGCGUCUUCCGGCCGGAGCUGCUGCUGCCCAUGGGGCUGCCCGAGGAUGUCAGCGUCAUCGCGUGGGGGCUCUCACUGGAGCGCCCCACCAUGAUCAAAUACGGCAUCAAGAACAUCCGUGAGCUCGUGGGGCACCGCGUGAACCUGCAGAUGGUCUACGAGAGCCCCCUGUGCCGCCUGAACACCUAGCGGGGCCCCGGCAGCCCCUGGCCCCUAGCGGGCGAGAGGGACGGAGACCCCAUCCCUCAGUGUCCCCUGUCCCCUAGCAGGUGGGCAGGAGGGACAGGGGCCCUGUCCCCCAGUGUCCCCUGUGUCCUGAGGGCAGGAGGGACGGGGGCCCCUGUUCCGUGGUGGACCCUGUCCCCUAGGGGGUGGCCC